AUGCAUUGGGAGUGGAAAAAUUGUCCCACGGAAUGGAAAGGGCAAUAUGCACGGGGUCAUGCAAAACCAACAAUCGUUUUAGAGGCUGUCGCGUCGUAUGAUCUGUGGAUUUGGCACGCAUUUUUCGGACCUCCAGGUACUUUAAACGACAUUAAUGUUCUCCACCGCUCACCCGUGUUUGAUGAUAUAUUAGAAGGUCGAGCUCCUAAGGUGUCAUUCUCUGUUAAUGGACACCGAUACAAGAAGGCUUACUAUCUCACAGAUGAUGAAAGAGACGCUGAAACUAUAGAUAACGUAACGGAAUUCCAACAAGGAGGAGCAGACGGGAGCGGGUCUUCACAAGUACUCCACUUGCCGUCGAAUGUCCACAAUAUUAUGGCUAAUCGAGCUGAUAUUCGUGACCAACAAAAGCAUCACCAAUUGAAAGCUGAUUUGGUUGAGCAUAUUUGGAACAAAUUUGGUCAUUAA